CCCAGGCACCCGCAGAGCGGGAGCAGGGAGGCGGCAGGAUGGUGAAGCUGACAGCGGAGCUCAUUGAGCAGGCGGCGCAGUACACCAACGCUGUGCGGGACCGCGAGCUGGACCUGCGGGGCUAUAAGAUCCCCGUCAUCGAGAAACUGGGUGGGACCUUAGACCAGUUCGAUGCCAUUGACUUUUCUGACAAUGAAAUCCGGAAGCUGGACGGCUUCCCGCUGCUGAGAAGACUGAAGACCCUCCUGGUGAACAACAACAGGAUCUGCCGCAUCGGCGAGGCGCUGGACCAGGCCCUGGACCAGGCCCUGCCCUGCCUCACGGAGCUCGUCCUCACCAACAACAGCCUCGUGGAGCUGCGCAACCUGGACCCGCUGGCGUCGCUCAAGUCGCUGACCUACCUGAGUAUUCUCAAGAACCCCGUGACCAACAAGAAGCACUACCGCCUCUAUGUCAUUUACAAGGUCCCCCAAGUCCGAGUGCUGGACUUCCAGAAGGUGAAGCUCAAAGAGCGUCAGGAAGCAGAGAAAAUGUUCCGGGGCAAGCGGGGUGCACAGCUUGCAAAGGAUAUUGCCAGGAGAAGCAAAACUUUCAACCCAGGUGCUGGUCUGCCCACUGACAAGAAAAAGGGCGGCCGGUCGCCCGGGGACGUGGAGGCCAUCAAGAAUGCCAUAGCGAACGCGUCUGCGCUGGCGGAGGUGGAGCGGCUGAAGGGCCUGCUGCAGUCCGGCCAGAUCCCCGGCAGGGAGCGCCGAGCAGGCCCCAGCAAGGAUGGGGAGGAGGAGAUGGAGGAAGACUUAGUUGCCAACGGGUCCUGA